UAAUCUACAAGUAGCAGAUCUCCCACUCAGAGGGUCCCAGGUUACAUCUUGUCUCACCUUCUCGUCCACGAUGCAGCUACUCUCUCGUUUAGUUUUUACUUUCCUGUGCAGUCUCUCUUUCCUCUCUCCUGUGUUUUCCAUACACUGCAAUAACACACAAUAUGCCUGGCCAGUGGACCGACCAAAGUUGUGCUGUAACAUGUGCCUACCAGGUGAACAUAUGGUGCGGCGUUCAUCCAGCAUUUGUGAAAUUGUGUGUCGACCCUGCAUUGGUGACCGGUACAGUGAUACUUACAACAGGGAGAUGAGCUGCGAAGUUUGCGAAAACUGCAAUAAACCGAACAUGGAGUAUAGUUCACCCUGUACCACCACUCAUAACGCUGUGUGCAGAUGUAAAGCUGACUACAGAUGCAAAGACGAUUCUUGCAGACAGUGUGUGCCGAUACCAUCUACCACCACCAAAUCCACACUCCCUCCAUCCACACUCCCUCCAUCCACACUUCCUCCAUCCACACUCCCUCCAUCCACUACAGUCCUGAAACCAGGAGCCCUCACUACUCUCUGGACACCUACUCAACCAAUCAGAGAUGCAGUCUGGUUCCUGGUGAUAAUUUCCCUCCUGUGUGCAGGAAUCACACUUGCUGCUGUAGCAAAAAUCAAGCCCUUUAUGCGUUGGGUCAAGGCCAAACACGGCUACAUUUUGGCCAAAGACCCGCAACCAGUACCACAAUGCUCCGAGGACGAAGAAGUAUCUACGCCUGUCCAGGAAGUUCUUGGGAAAUGUGAAGUGUGAGUUAAAGAGCCUAAACUUGGAUGAGCAAGGAUUUGACAGGCGAUCAUUUAGAGCAAAACAUCUCCCGUUGCUUUGGACAUUACUGACAAAUGGGGGCAAACGUUACUUGGCCCAUGCUGACGAAUGGAACCACAGAAAACGUUUGUUUCAGGACAUGUGAAACAUGACAUCUGUGACAAUAAGAUGAUACCAGUGUGUAAAAACACAGAUUAAGAAUCUGAAAGACAAUGAACAUACCGAAUGUGACACUGUAUUUGUCAUGCAUGAGUUAUAAAUUGUGCAGUAUGUUUCGAAAUGCAGGUAUGUACUAUUGUACACAACAUUUAAAGAUAUUUCACAUCUUAACAUUUAUAGGUGUAUAUAUGAAUACAAUUUUCAGAUAAUACAAUGUUUUUAACAUGCAUUUCUACUUAGUUUUCUGUAUUCUAAAUAAAAUUGUGUUGUAAUCAAAA